UUAUAUUUCGUCAUCUUCCACUCUUCCAUCGCCAUCUCUCUUUUCUUCUUCUUCUUCUUCUCCUAGCUCGCUCGCUCUCUCUCUCGCUCGCUCUCUGGCGAAAGCCGUCCCAAGAUUAACACUGGACAUCUAUACGUAUCUGUUGAUUUAAUGGAGUCUACCACUUCUACAAGGCGGCCAUGUUUCAUCGAGGAAGAUGAUGGGUUGGCCUCUCUGGCAGACAUGGAAGCUGGGUUCUCUGGAAGUCACCACCACAAACAACCUUUCUUGUCUAGGACACUUUGUUACAGUGCUUCCAGUAAUUAUAACAUGAGUGGUUUCAGAAGCUUUUCGGUUUUGUCUCCGAGACCUAGGAGGUUUUACGAUGCAAGAUUUGAAGAGCCGCAGCCCCAUUUCUUGGAAUCCUGUUUUUUCUGCAAGAAACCACUUGGGUGUAACAAAGACAUCUUCAUGUACAGAGGGGACACACCAUUCUGCAGUGAAGAGUGCAGACAGGAGCAAAUAGAUAUAGAUGAAGCCAAGGAGAAGAAAUGGAAGCUGACAUCUUCUAUGAAGGCCUUGAGAAAAAAGCAGGAGAGAGAGUCCACCUCCCCCAGCAAAACCCAGGACUACCCUUUACGAACGAGCACCAUAGCAGCCGCUUCAUAAAUAAACAAGAGAGCAUUUUGAGGCCAGAAGAGAAAGCAAUUAUGUCUAAUAAGUAUUCGAUCAAGAAGAAGAAGAAGAAAGACAUAUUUUGAGGGUUUUUGUUUGUGUUUAAACUGUGAAUAUUGCUAGCAUAACUACGGGGUGUUACGUUGGGGGCUGGCGUCUGCCCUUACGAGGACGCGAUGCUCUUUGGGAAUUUUAAUUUUCCACUUUUGUUUUGUCUGAUAAAAUACUUUUUCGUUUUUUGAAACCGAGUAAAGCAAAAGCUUCAGCUUUUUGAAUGAAGAAAUAGUAUGAAGAAAAUCUUCCUUCUCUCU